AUUUGUUGUUUACAUCGAUUGGCCUCAAAUCCGAAGUGUUUAUCUUUACCCUUACUGAUUAUUAAUCUUAAUUGUUUUUUGUGUUUAAUUAAUCUUGAAAUUGUUUAAUCUCAGGUUAAUCCACUGAUUUGGAUUAUCUUUGGAUUUUUAUUCUCAGAUUCAAGUAAAGGAUCUACUUUUUUUGGUUGGAAACGAGUCUUUGUUUACAUUUUCUUCCAUGUGGUUAACCAGGUAAACUUUAACUGUCGAUUACUUUUACUGAUUUGUUUUAAUUUGAAUUGUGAUAAUUGUUUGAUUCAACAUGACUGAGUGUUCAUCUCUUGUGCUACUUGGAUUUGUUGAUCAACCGAUUAAAGAUGAAAGUAACAUUUAUUGGACUACUAAUAAGAUUGGAGGUGAAUCAAUUUUCCCCAAAACAAUUGAAGAUUCAAAACUUGCAAACCUUAUGGAUGACCAAUUGAUUUGUCCUAAUUGUGUUAAAUUGUGCUCACCAAUUUGUCAAAUACAAUGUGCUGUUGAUGAUAAUCCAGCUUUAAGAUUGAUUUAUGUAUUUGCUUGUCUUCAAGAUAAUUGUAAUCAUUUCUCUGUCUUCAGAUUCAUUCAUCACCAAGAAUCAUCAAAUUGUGAUCCAGUUGAAGUCUCACCCCAACAACAAUCAAAUCAACGUCAAAUUUGGGCUAAUGACUCAUCUAAUUGGAGUGAUGAUGAUGGUGAUGAUGGUGAAAAGAUAAAUCUUAAUUUCUCCGGAAAUAAUUCACAACAAAUUGCCGAAUCCUUGGAACUUACAAAUACUGAGAAAGGAAAAUUUUUUCCAAAAAAAAUCUCCAAUAACGAUAAUCAUACUUUCCAACCUUAUUACAUUUAUGUUGAGAAUUUGGAAGAUUUAAAAUAUUCUAAAUCAUAUUCAUCGAUGAAACAAUUUAAAUAUAAUCUGGAAGAUGAAGAUGACAACAACUUUAUCGGUGAAGAUGGUGAAAAAUAUGAGAAUCCGGAAGUUUCAACAAUCUUCUCGAACGAUAAAAAGUCUUACAAAUUUUAUAAAAGUUUACGAGAUUGGCCUGGUCAGAUAAUUAGAUAUUCGUGGAAAGGUCAACCUUUAUUGAAUAAAUCUAUCGGCUUUCCUGGAGUAGAUGAUUGUCCAAAUUGUGGCUGUAAACGUACAUUUGAAUUACAAUUGAUGCCUGGACUAAUUUCUCAAUUAAAAUGUUCAUCACAAUCAAGCGAACCAUUGAACAUCGACUUUGGAACUGUUCUAAUCUAUUGUUGUUCAAACAAUUGCGAUAAUCAACAAUUUAAUGAAGAGAAAUGUAUUUUCCUUGAAGACUUAGACAGUAAUGUUAUCGACGAUUUUGUCUCCUCGCGUGGUUCAGGUCAAAGAUGAUUUCGAAUUACCUUUAAUUUGAUUUAAAUGUAAUGGGGUGAGAAAAGAUCAUCAAACUUUUCCACUUCCUGGUUUAACUGGCCUGGUCUUCAAAA